GACAGCCAGUCCGGCCACCCCGUGCGCUGCCCUGAUCCCCAGAUGCAAGCGAGCGGCAAUCAUAUCUCUAGAUCUCUCUGUCGGCAACCAUGGCGGAGGUCACACACGCUAGUCCACCGCUCUGCCAAGAUACACCGUUCCUCGAGAAUGCAAACGAACAUGAUAAGAAGCCAUUAAAAGCCAAACGAAGGUUAAAUUUUGGAUCCAUUGAUUAUGUCAAAAGAAAAAAGAAGCGCAAGAUAUCAAAGCAAAACCUUGUGGGCAAGAAGAGCAAAGCAUCUGAUGUUACUGCUGAACCUACGGUUUGCACUGAUAGCGAUUCAGGGUUUGACACACAAGAUAAUCAGACUCCAGAAAAGGGAAAAGAGCAAAGAGAACUGGACAAAAACAACUCGCACACUCCCAAAAAGAGUAAAAAUGUGGAUCAGAUGGCAAAGAGGAAACACAAAGGGUCGGCAGUUAGUGUUGACAAAGAGGUUGGAGAGGGAACCGUCUUUCCUGGUGUGCUUGUAUGGUCCAAACUCAAAGGCUACGACUGGUGGCCAGGAAGAGUUGUUACCUAUAUGGAGGCUGGACGACCUCCACCAGGUCCAGGCAACCACUGGGUCAAGUGGUUUGGUGACAACAAAUUCUCUCAGGUCCCUCAAGACACAGUGCUGCCAUUUGCAGAGUUCAAGAGCAACUUCCUUGUGACAAAGAUGAAAGGAUUGUACAAGAAAGCUGUUCUUGAUGCCUUGGAGUUGGCAGCCAGUAGGUCCAACCAAUCAUUCACUCGUGCUGACCUUCACUUAAAGUUAAGCCCUAAAGUCUCUAAGAAACAAAGGAGAAAAAAGAAAUUACUGUCAAAGGAUACUGAAACACCCGCAGAGCCAGAUGAACCUCUGAGUGAAGAGGAGAAAUGUGAUGCUAUGGUGAACUGGGCUCUAACGGGAUUCCAACCACAGGGAGCCAGUGGAUUUGCCCCAACUCUAGAAGAGACAAUCUUCCUGCCUCCUGUAUCAUCCGAUAGUGAUGAAGAAGAAGCUGAUCAGACAGUAAAUGGAUCUGAAAGUACCAAGGGCCGGUUUGGUAAACCAGUCAAGGAACCCAAUCUUGUGCAAGACAUCAAAGCACUGUUUGAUGAGGUUGUAGAUGGAAAAAAGGGAAUUGAAGAUAUUUGUCUGGCUUGUGGUGACUGCAAGGUUUAUGCUCAGCAUCCCUUGUUUGAAGGUGGUCUCUGCAAGGAGUGUAAGCAAUCGUUUCUGGAGUGCACUUACUUAUUUGACGAGGAUGGCUACCAGAUGUACUGCACUAUAUGUGGUGAUGGCCAAGAAGUCUUCAUGUGUGACAACGAGGGCUGUUUCAGGUCGUACUGUGGCCCAUGUCUUGAGAUGUUGGCUGGCAGAGGGACUGUCCGUGAGAUCGCGUCUCGUGAAAAAUGGAUUUGCUACAUGUGUUCCGGAAAAGGAGAUCGACUUAUCCAUCGCCGUAAAGACUGGCAGUCUAAGCUGCAUGAACUCUUUCUAAGCGACCGAGAGAAAGAAUAUGAUACUCCUAUUGUUUACCCCGUUGUUGCUCCUGAAGACCGCAAACCCAUACGUGUACUAGCGCUAUUUGACGGUAUUGCCACAGGUCUGCAGGCACUAAACGAGCUUGGAAUCGUGUCCGACAAGUACUACUCUGCUGAGAUAGAUGAGCAAGCUAUACAGGUUACUAAAGUGAACCAUGGUGACCGGAUAACCCACCUCGGCGAUAUCAAGGAUCUCACCGAGAGCCAGAUACGGGAACUUGGGCCGUUCGACCUGGUGAUUGGUGGAAGUCCCUGCCAGGAUCUGUCUAUUGCAAACCCAGCGAGACGAGGGAUAUUCGAGGGCAGUGGGCGCCUGUUUUUCGAGUUUUUCCGCCUGCUUAUGCACGCCAAGCCUUCUCGGACAUGCCCCUCGCGGCCAUUUUUCUGGUUGUUUGAAAAUGUGGUGGGCAUGCGCGCUGAGGACAAGAAGACGAUCUCCCGGUUUCUGCAGAGCAACCCUGUGGUCGUUGACGCAAAAGAAGUCUCACCAGCUCAUCGGCCAAGAUAUUUCUGGGGAAACUUGCCUGGAAUGAACAGGCCAGCGAUACCGCUUCCUGGAGACAGACUCACCCUGCAAGAAUGUCUCGAGCCAAACUGUGGACGUAAAGCCCGGUUCACCAAAGUGCAAACUAUUACGACAAACGCCAACUCGCUGACCCAGACAAAGAAGAACAUCUUACCCGUUGCAGUUAACGAUGACGGAGGACAGGAGCGAGAGGAUAUUCUGUGGUGUACUGAAAUGGAAAGAUUGUUUGGUUUCCCAAGUCACUAUACAGACGUCAACAACAUGGGUAGGACUCAACGUCAGCGUCUCCUAGGCAACGCGUGGAGCGUACCUGUCGUCAGACAUCUUUUGUCCCCACUGAAAGACUACUUCAAAUGCACCUAGAUGACGUCAGCGUCUCCAAGGCAACGCUUGAAGCAUAACUUUCAUCAAACACCGUUUUUGUGCCCACUGAAAGACCACUUUAAGUGAUUUCUUACGGAUGGAGCCCCGCGGGUCGGUUAGUAAAUGUUGACAAUUAUAUAGUUAUACGCAUGCGUAGAUAGAGUUGAAAUUAUAUUUCGGAAAUCGCUUGAGAGAUUCACUGUAUUACUCUUUAGAUAGUAUCACUUUUUAUCCCAUAUGAACUCACCCGUUUAGAUACUUUGAUAUUGUUUUGAUAUUGUAAGGAAUAUUAUCUAGUUAGCUUGUUUUUCCUGUUCACAUUGCAUUGAAACUUUGUGAAUUGCUAUCACACUAUUGGCAAACUACAUACUAUAUGACAAACUAAGACUCCCUGGCAACAGCCUUACUAUGCCCUUUUGUAUUAAAUAUUUCCCCUGGUGUUUUUUUAGCCAGGCUUUCUGAGACAUCAAGAAUAAUCAGUACAAGUUUGUUGAGAUAAAACCCUUAGCUUUUCUCCAUAUAGUGUUUUUCUAUGUUUAAAAUUCUUAUUUAGGAAUUCACGUUCCUGUGUAUACUUGGCGAUAAGGAUAAUAAACACUUAUUUUGUGUUUACUCUCGACUAGGACACUUUAAUAAUUAAAAUUCUUACUUUUUG